AUGUCGCGGCCUCGCGGCGAUAGCGGAUACGAUCCGCUACCGGGGUCACAGCGCGAGGCCUCUCCACCGCUGGCGGUGCUGCUCUGUAGGUCUCAACGCUCACCAAGCACGCCACUGCGCGUCUUUGGCUCCGAAAUCACGAACCGCCUUCCCACUCCCCCACCACCGCGAAUAUCGUCAUCGUCGCCGCUGACAGCCGCUGCACCGCUGUGUGCGGCGACUGCGACUCUGUGCAGUGUGGCUAUCGAUGCGCCACUGAGCUACGCACCGCCUGGGCCAGCGUCAUCGUCGAGCUGGCUGGAAGUCGAUCCUUAUUGUUGUCCCAGCAACAGGGGCGACGUCGUCGAGCCCAGCCUGUCUUACGAAACACUACUUGGCGCCAAGGGUAGUGCAUGCCCACGACAAGGACCGUUUCCGCUGGCAGGCGUCGGCUCGCGUUCAUCCGGCAACGGCACCAACAGUCGUGUUACUCUGCAAACAGUAGGGGGCGGCGACCAGUCGUGCCUUGAGCUUCCCCACGGUAGCAUGAGUGGCCAAGCAGAGACUUCGAUGCCGUCUGCGCUGAGUGCAAAGCGGCGUCUCAGAGACGGCGGUACCGAGAACAGUGAUGGCCAAGCUGGCCCCCGUUCUUCAUGGCCGCACGUGAAGCGGCAACGGGGCGAGGAGGCCGCCAACAGCGGCCUCACCGGUGCCUUCAGCACCACUGCGCCUCUGCCUCGGCUCCCUGCUCCACCUAUGCGAACGGGAGGCGUGGGCGUCCCAGGUGGUGCGGACAGCAUCUGCUGUGGCGGUGACGUUGAUGCUCGACUCAGUCUUGUUACUUCCUCCUCCGAGAACGACGAGGACCCUUGGGGCCCGCGUCGCGGCGCUUGUGGCUUCCUCACCCCGGUGUCGACGAAGCUGCUGUCCCUGCCUCCCGUGGCGUUGGUGCCACUGCCGCCGUCUCAGCAUCUUCAUGCGCGCGUGUGCCGUCCAGCGAGUUUGCUUGAUAAAGAGCAUGCUGCACCAGCUUGGCAGGUACUGACCUCGGGGCCCGCAGCGACUGAGGAGGAAGAGGAGGGGCUGGUCCAUCUUGUGUCAACGUCCCGCAGCACCACUCUCUUUUCUCCUGCCCGGGGCAACGUGCUCCUCUGCAAUGCAGUCGACGGCGCCAUUUCCUAUUCGCCACUGACACUGGAUGACAUCAGCCCAAUUCUGUGUCUCUCCGAGGAACGGCUUGAGCACUGUCGGAUGAGUGCGGUGGCGUGCGACCAGCACCCAUCAGCCGAGGUGGACGACGAGGAGAGCAUGGGCGGUGUUGCGCCGGGCUUCUCCACACAGUGCUUCACAGGCAGUGCUCGCUUUGUUCACGAGGAAGCAUUGCGGCUGCUCACCGCCACGUGUGAGGACGCCGAGGGCGCUCUACUACAAUGGCCCGGUUAA